AUGCCACUUAACGAAAGCACCUCCCACGGAACGCAACCUCCGCCGUCUUCGUCCAAGACCGGCCAUCCUCUACCUCGGCGCACCUCUCCCGCGAAUUCUGUCACCCUGCGCCAUCACCGAUUAGCACAAGAUGCAUCAAUCAACGCCGGCCAGGGCUCAGGACCCGCUAUCAAGCCAACUAAGACAGGAUCACCUCGACGAAACUCAUCGGGCGAUAGUCAUGAGACUGGCCAUAGCGAUCCCAACACAUGGUUUGACCAGUCAAAUCAAAACCCAACGGCAACUUUCGACAGCAACGUUAUGGAAGUUGACCCCCCUUUCUUUCAAAAAGAGUCCGAUUCUUCGAAUGAAGAGAAGAUGUACUACAAUCACCAACUUGGUCCCCCUAAACUCACCGCGGCACACAGCAGCAGCGCAGACGAUUACAGAAGUGUCAUUGAUGAUCUCACGGUAGAGAUACAAAAGCUGAGGGAAGAGCUUAAGCGAUACAAGAACACCGGCCCCGAUAUGCUCCGAAAAGAGAAGCUCUUCGAAAUCAAGGUUCAUGGACUGCCAAAGAAGAAGAAGAGAGAGUUGGAGGCGACACUCCGAGAUUUCGCUGCAAGUCUUGAGGGGUCUCCCAACGCGUCAUCAAGACAGAAAAAGAAUUCCCGACACGCUACUCGCGAAAAUAUGUAUUCUGGAUCUGGAUCGAAACAUGCCUCAUCAUCUUCAGGAUCAAAUUUUCGCCCAGCUGACUCUGCAUACGCCUCUAUGUCAACCGGCGCCAACUCGGGAACGUCUGUGAGCCGUCCUAGCAUGGGCUCCCAGGCCAAGUCGUCUGAGGCGGUUGAAAGUUACCUCCGUGAUAUCCCUGAAGGGUUGUACCCGAGACACAUGAUUAUGACGGAGAAAGAGAGAAAGAAGCUUGUUGUUCGCCGACUUGAACAAUUAUUCACAGGCAAGAUUGGUGGGCGCCAUGUGGUGAAGAAGCAGCCCGUGUUGCCCAAUGGAAGUUCUGCAGCCCUAGCACCAGUUGUCGCCGAGACACAGCCCACUAUCUCAAACACGUCAAAUUCUAUCCACGAACCACCAGCCUUGAAUACCAGUGGCAAAGAGCCCACGAGAGAAGCUCGAAUUCUUCCUCUUGAGCAGCAAUCUGGUCACAUUGGUAAAAAGAGUCGAUCUGCUGACAAUGCAUCUGCCUCCAAUUCCAAUGGCGACAAUACCGAGUCCGGCGGUAAUGGCAAUAGUACAGGGUCAGGCACAAACCCUACUCCUCCUAUGACGACCGUACCCGAACAGCGGCCCACACGGCCUCUUGAUUUGGACCCUGACCGUACUCAGGUUCCAGCCGACAACAUGGACUAUAUUCGCCAUCUAGGCUUGGUACCUCCAGAGCUGCUAGCCGAACAACAUAGCCAGGAUGUGCAUCCCGAUGCAGAGGGAUGGGUUUAUCUGAAUUUGUUGUGCAAUUUGGCUCAACUUCACAUGAUUAAUGUGACGCCCGAUUUUGUCCGCUCAGCUGUUUCAGGGAUAAGCACAAAAUUUCAGCUGUCGCCUGAUGGCCGAAAGAUUCGAUGGCGGGGUGGAACGGAGGGAACAAGAUUCAGCAGUGACAGGGACGAGUUCCAGUCUGGAAGCUCAAGCAAGAAUGGCUUGAAGUUUGACCCGCAACUAUGUGCUCCAUCUGAAAGCUUCCAUUACAAGCCCUUGUUCGCUCAGCAGGAUUCAUCGGGUGGUCAAACAUCACUCGAUGAAACCGUCUCUUCCUUUGGCCCUCCAGAGGAAAGUAAUAUCGGUGAAUCGAGAUGGGGAUUGAGUGGCUCAGGAGUCUCCAGCCGCAGGAAGCGCCGCCAUGAUGGUGCUAUCAUCUACUAUAGCGGUGCUCUAUUUUGCACGGAUCUAUCUGGAGAUCCCGGAGAUAUGUCGCCAACGACACAGAUGCGCGCUGCUGGUCAGACUCAGACAGACCAAGAUAACUUCAAGAUCCCCCCAUCACCUCUCAGAAGAACAGAUUCUGGUUCUUUCAUCAACUAUCGGCCGUUGACUGAUCGUGGGCUCUUGUCUAGUCAGCAAAGUACAGCGAUGGAUGUCGAUAGUGAAGAUCCACCCAGCCUGACGGACGAUGCCGACGAUUUGAGCGAGGUCGAUCUGGACUUCACGUGGUCUGAUAAUGCACAGUACAUGCAGCAUUUCCCCCUUGAGCCUUGCGGCUUAGGAGGAGUUUUACCCGAAGACCAUUUCAUGGUUGUUGUUUCAACCAAGCGACCUAAGCAAGACGAUUUGUCUGCGUUACAGCAAGUUGGCGGUAGAAGGUUUAGUGAAAACACGGAUAGUAUCAUUCGGCGAUUGGCAACCAUGUCAACGUUCUCACCGGACUUAGGAGCUUCAAAAUCGCUUCCUGCUACGCACUCUCUUCCCAUUGAGAUCGAAUACAUGUCAGGCCGUAUCAAGCGGCUGGCGCCAGUUUCGCUGCCUCCCCCUGCAAUCUUCUUUCCGCCGUUCAGCCCUACCGAGUCCACAGCCGAUGACGAUUAUGAUGAUUCAGACGAUCUCGACAUGUCUUCGUCCUUAAGAGAUCUUGUUGGCCAACAAACAGCACAACGCCGUUCAGAUGGAUAUCCUGAUGGCGUUGAUCUUAGCAGUGGUGACGAAGAAGGUGAUGAACCUGAUGAUUCACCAAAUCAGAAUAUUUAUGACAUCAAUCGAGACCCAAAGGCAUUGCCAAAUCGGCCCCGGCAAGCCGCACGCCGUACCAGUAGUGCUGCUGCGGCUGCUGGCACUGCUAGGGGUGCAAGCAAGAGUAAUAGCGCCAACCCGGCGCUUUCGCAUGAUGAGACUUCUGUUGAUACUGCUGGAGCGAUCGAAAGUGGUUACAGCAGUAGCAAAGAAAGCGUUUAA